AUGACCAGUGCGAUGACGACGGCCGUGAUCUUUUGGUUAACUGUGAUAAUCAAUUUGGCCAAUGCUCACAACGACGAAAUGCUCACAGCUAAGAGCGCCCAAAUGCUCGGAGCCGUUCAGAAGCUGACCACGGAGGCCUUGAACAGUCAGCAUGCGAAAACAAUAAUCAAAAAUGCCCUGCAACAUCUAUCUAAGGAGAGGGAGGAUUCCUGUGCAGAAUACAAACAUAUCCGGACGCUGCGAGGCACAAAACAGGUUAUCAACGGAAUCUUAUACAAAUUUGUUGUGGAAAUUGAGGCCGUGCCCAAAGACAACUGUGCGUCAGCCCCUGCAGAUACCCUGCCGAAGCAGCCCAUACGUGAGACCUACGAGAUCACUCAUAUUGAUCGCGGAUCUGCUGCG